AUGGACAAAUGUCUUGCUGGGAGCAGCAAGAUACGGAUCACGUGUCAUCAAAGCGGAUCAAACCUGUCAACAGAUGCCUCUGUCUUCGGGACACAGUGGGCUGAAGAUGCAACAGAAGAGGAACACGUCAUGUCUGACCGUAAAGAAAGAAGGAACUGGUCACCAACUGAAGAUAUUGUGCUCAUCAGUGCUUGGCUCAACACCUCCAAGGAUCCUGUCGUGGGGAAUGAUCAGAAGGCAAUAGCAUUUUGGAAACGGAUAGCGGCUUAUGUUGCAUAUAGUCCAAAGCUUUUUGCUUUGCAAAAGAGGGAGCCAAGUCACUGUAAGCAGAGGUGGGGGAAGAUCAACGAGAGUGUAUGUAAGUUUGUUGGGUGUUAUGAAGCUGCAAUGAAAGCUAAAGCUAGUGGGAUGAGUGAGGAUGAUGUGUUGAAGAUGGUGCAUGAGUUAUUCUUCAAUGACUACAAGGUCAAGUUUACACUCGAGCAUGCGUGGUUGGAGCUUCGCCAUGAUCAGAAAUGGAGGAAGCUAGAUGACCAAUCUGCACAAUCAUCAACCUCUGUGCUAGGAGAGGAUGAUAUAGGCUCACGGCCUGUUGGUGUUAAAGCAGCGAAAGCAAAAGGUAAAAGGUCUAUCAGCAAGCCGGCGUUGGAAGAGGAAGAAAGGGAGUUUCAGAGCUUCUGUAAGAUUAGGCAGCAGGACUUUGCGUUGAAGGACCAGUUGAACAAGCAUAAAUUGCUAGACAGUCUCAUUGCCAAGACAGAGCCUUUAAGUGAAUUAGAAAUUGCUUUGAAAAAUAAGCUUAUUACUGACAUUUGUCCCGAGAUUAGUUUUGCUUGUGUCUAUCGCGACGGUUUGAAUUGGAACAUGACUAAUUAUGCAGUUUGGCAGGUGGGACAUAAGAAGCAACUUGGACUGUGGUCUGAUGCUUCUCGUGUUGUCUUCGACAGUAUACUUGUGACACAAUAA